CACUGGUGCCCCUUCUUUCCUACGCCGCCUUGAAAUAGAUUUGAGGAGCUGCCCUUCUUCCCCCCCUCCCCCCUUUCCUGCUGGUCGUUUGGCAUCUUCCAGACCAUGUCCACUGGGUCCCUCAGUGAUGUGGAAGAUCUGCAGGAGGUGGAGAUGCUGGAGUGCGAUGGCCUGAAAAUGGAUACUAACAAAGAGUUUGGGGCGUCCACCGAGAGCAACGAGGAGGGAUCCAAUGGCGAGAAUGGCUCCCCUCAGAAGGGGAGAGGGGCCUCGGGCAAGAGGAAAAAAGCUCCCCCCAAGAAGAGCCCUUUAAAUGGAGUGAGCCAGGAGGGAAAGCAGGUACAGAGAAAUGCUGCCAACGCCAGGGAGAGGGCGAGGAUGAGGGUCCUUAGCAAAGCCUUCUCCAGGCUUAAGACCACCCUACCCUGGGUGCCCCCAGACACCAAACUUUCCAAACUGGACACCUUGAGGUUGGCCUCCAGCUACAUUGCUCACCUGAGGCAGAUCCUGGCCAAUGACAAGUAUGAGAACGGCUACAUCCACCCAGUCAACUUGACUUGGCCUUUUAUGGUAGCCGGCAAACCCGAGAGUGACCUGAAAGAAGUGGUGAACACAAACCGCUUGUGCGGCCCGACGGCAUCCUGAGCCCCGCGGCCGGGCCAGCAGCGUCCGUCCUGGUGUGGCCGUGGAGCGGGCGGCGGGGCGGGCAGGGACCCGCCGCGGCCCCGCCGCUGCCCCGGGCCCCGGGCAGAGCCACGGGGAGAGACACUCUCCCGGCGCAGAGGAGACCAAAUAUGCCCUAACAAAGACUCCAUCCACCCCGAGAGAUCCCGACUCUAUUUAACUUUAUUAAAUGCGUGUACAGUCGAGUCCUGCAACCACAGCCUUGCUGGUUCAAGAGCUACUAGAGAAAAGACAGAGAUCAAACAAAACCUACCCCGCGUGUAUCUUUUGUCUGAGACCUGUGAAAUAUGUAGAUGCCUAGAAAAACUGACUUUGACAGUCAUCUCUAUGAAGUAAUUCACCCUAAAGAUAUAUAGAUAUAUUUUCUUCAAGC